UCAUCGCCGGCCCUCUGCAAGGAAGGGUAAUGGCUUCUUUGGCAAAUAUACGCAGAAAGGCUCAAAAGGUUACGGAUGAACGCGUUAAGUUAACUCAGGAAAUAUUGCAAGGAAUCCGGGUCAUAAAAUACUACGCAUGGGAAGAUAGUUUUUUGGAAAAUUUGAAUAAAUUAAGAGAAAAGGAGAUCGGGUUGAUCAGGCGUUUAUUAGUUAUUCGUGCAGUCAUUUUAGGCAUAUCUUCGGUCAUCCCAGUGUUUGCAAGUAUUCUUUCCUUCAUUGUAUUUGUACUAGCUGGUGGUGACCUCACGACCGAUGUAGUUUUCGCAUCGUUGGCCUUGUUCAACAUCGUCCGUUUUCCCCUGAAAGUUUUACCUAUGGUCAUCGCUUUCGCCUCUGAUGCUUGGGUUGCCGCCAGUCGUAUUCAAGAACUAUUAUUGGCCGAAGA